CGGCACAGGAUGGCGUGGGACCACAAGCGAUCCACCCCCAAGCUGGCCCAUCACAAGGGCAUCGUACAGACUGGCAAAUUAUGAAGGCGGUCAGGAGAGCGGCCCUAACACGCUCCUUCGUUACGGACCCGGCUGCGGACACCAAGACUGCGGAUGGCGAGCUCAUCCUCCAGGUGGAAGAGAAGAUGGCGAUUGCGCAAAUCACUUAUAUGCGCGCUCACAUCAUCGUCAUGCGCUUCGAGGGCCCUCUGAAAGACCUGGCACUGCAAGCCAAGUUGGAUUGGAUACGCUGUUGGGAGUUGGAGAACUGGCCAGAGAAAGGCCAGGCCUCGUAUCAAGGUCGAGUGAUGGUGGAGGGAGGGGCGCUGGUCUUCUAUUGGGCCCCCACGGCUGCACUGCGAGACUGGGUGCUUCACGAGCGGGGAAGUGAGGGUAUCAGACUGGGCGACUGCACACACCUGGUUCGGUUCACAUCCUGGAAGUCGCCAGUGGAGGUGAAGUGGGAGAGGCUGCAAGAGCGGAAGGCGCAGCCAUGGGUGCGCUUCGUGCAACCGCCUUCCAUGGCGGUGUUAAUGCUCCGGCAGCUGGCGGAGUCGUUCUUCGGGGCAGUCAGGAACCCUGAAGGCACGUGGGCGAUUGACGGCGAUGGCAGAGAGACAAUUAGAUUUGACCUCUACCCCCCGCUCCGCUCGCAGGGGCUGGAGCGCUUGGCUGUGGCGCAAGCGUAUUACGGUCGGCCGGAGGUGAGAGGGGUGACGAGUGAGACCCCGUGGUGCGAUAAUUGUCGAAGGCAUGGCCAUCUCACACGAAGGGGUCGCUGCGUAAACAUGGCGGAGACCAAGGAGGAACUAGCCCGUAGGGAACACCUGCUGAGAACUGACCCUGGCCUCCCUCGGGAUGAUUUCACGGAGAUCGCGUGCUGGGUAGAUUUUGAAAAAGAGUUUGAUACGGUGAUAUUCACGGAGAUUGCCACCGAAUCCAGCCUGGGCGGCGGGAUGGAGGUAGGGGACCGGCAACUGCUUCAACCGGCUCCUCCGCACCAGGCCGCGGCCGCUGAUGGGGCGGAUGGAGCCCAUUCACGGCAACCAGCCAUACCAGAUCAGGGUUCCAACAAAGUGCCUGAGAAGCAAGGGCUUGCAGGCCCUAGGGAGCAUCAUCGAGGAGGACAGGGGCAACAGAAGGAGCAAGAAGCCCCCUGGUCAACAGCCGGACGCCCGUCAGAAGCCCGAGAGGCAGCCGUCAGCCGGGGGUCGUGCACAGCAGGUCAAGCACAUGCUGCGAGAGCAUCAGCAGCGUCAGCAUCCGCCACCGCAGGCACCACCGAAGCCACAAUCCCCCCACGAACACCACGAGCACCGUCGACAACAGCAGAUGUUGCCGCAAGCAUCASCGUCAAGGCAGAGGCACCUACUGCACCAGCCGCCACCAUCCCAGCCAGCGCCAUCGCAAYAUCAACAAGAACUGAAUACUCCAGAGAAGUCAUUGUGCUAUCGGGGGAUACGCAACCAGACCAGACCGUCGCACGGGAGGUGGGAGGUCAGCGAGAGGGGGGGGAGCAACCGGCGCCAAUGGAGUGCUGCGAGAACAAAGAAGAGCAACAGCCAGCGAUGGUAGCGCGCUCCAGCGACCAGAAGAGUGGAGAUGGACGUGCAACGAACCCGCAGCCCUACGAACAACCUGGCCACCAUGAGGAGAGUCGGUCCCGUGGGCAGGAGACAAAUCCAGAAGCACUGGCGGGAGGAGGUGCAGUCAACAGUGGCCAGGCUGGGGGACAGGUCAAAGGGCCGCCUCCUAAUCAGCACCAACAGCCGGGACAACGGAGAGAGGGUAAGGAUGUGAUGAGACCCCAAGGAUUGGGUGUGGAGCGGAUUGGGACAGAGCCGCCUCCUUUCGUCCAUAGCCAGCAACGAUGCGGCAGCGCGGUGGCCGAGGCCUCGGCACGUGGAAGGCGGACGCCAGCUCAGGUGCCCAAGCCAAAAGGAAGAUCGAAGUUUAAGCGAGGACUUGUCGGCACGGCCGAGACCGGACCACUUAUACGACCCCACGGCCAGAGGUUGAAACGAAGGGUUGCAACCAGAGUGCUCUGCUAUGGGACAACCUCCAGGGGCAGAUUCAGCAGCCAGAAGGACAGGCGAGGACGUCGGCAGCAGAAGACCCCCCCCCGCUCGGCGGCGGGGCCCCAGGCUAUUCCGGGAGCGGACUCUGGCCUUCUGGAUGGCGUUAAGGACCUCAAGCUUGGGCCGCCUCAGCAGCAGGAAGAGGGACCUCCGCAGAAUGGUCAGGGCUUAAACUUCAAGCGUGGACGCCAGCGCAAGCAGGGUAGGGGACGAACGAGCAGAGAAGCAUCACCUGUCGACCUUCCGGAGGAAUCGGAGCAGGACAAGAGGCGAAGGACCCUCGAAUCCCCGAUAGGUAAAGCGACGCAGCACCCCGAGGGCAAGGACUGGCAGCACUUCGUGGAAAUUACGAGCUCUUCCUCCCAAGCCCUCGAGCCUGCCCUCUCCCUGCCUCCUUCUCGCGGCCCCUCGGCCCUCCAACCCCUUCCAUCCCCCCCCUCCAGUCAACCACGGUCGGCCAACGCUGGUAACCCGCAAGGGCACCAACCCUCGCACCUAUCGCCUUCGUCCUCCCCGGACGACGACGGCAUAGAGGAACAGAACUUAGGACAGUCACUGAGGGGCGCCCCGGGCGCCCCUGAAGAUGUGGGGCACGUGAAUGAUCACGUGCAAUUGGCACGUAUACUCCUCCUUGAUGGGAGGUUUGAUGAACUCCGAUCGCAGGGUCGGAUUUGCAUAGUCCCUAUCAUAUGCCGCCUGUUUGACGGCAAGAUACAAGCCAUGCUGUACCACCGACCUGAGACUUCGCAGGACCCGGCCAUCCCAUUUGUCAAGCUUCUUGACUUCACCAUCAUCCCGAUCGCCCGCUCUGACCAUAAAAUGAUUAUCACUGUGUUUGCCAUGCCCUCCCUACUGAGAACGAACCCCCCCCCGGCAACAGCCCCGACGUGGAUGUUCUUGGAUCCGGCGUAUAAGUCCUUCAUUUUGCAGCACUGGGAAUACUGGGCGGAGCUGCGAUCUCCCUCCCAGUCGACCCUGUCAUGGUUAGCGGAGGGCACCGCAGCCCUCCUCAGGCUGCUUAAAGCCCGUGCCGCGGCAUCGAAACGUGCCCGGCGACGCACUGCCGACAAGUUUGCCCAAAGGGCGCUGGAUCUAGGCGACGGUCSUGACACUCAGGAGGAUGAGGACGAGUGGUGGGCCCAAUGGGCUGCCUUGAAGGCCCAAUGGGAGGAGUGGCAGAUUACGGACGCUGACCUGUGGGGCUCCAGGAACAAAGCCAAUUGGACGGUAGCCGCCGAGCGGAUGUCCAAAACCUUCUUCGCCCAGUUGUGUGCAGACAGACCGGCCUCAUUGAUGCUAACUAUCAACCACCCCUUUGACGACUCCAAACCGAUAGCGGACUCCACGCAAACGAUCUUGCAAUAUGUGGAGGAAUAUUAUAGGUACCUGUUCUCUGAGGAACAGGCAGAGGGGGCACAGGACCCCCCGGAGACCAUUGAACAUUACGUUUGGAGCAAAAUCACCAAGACGGUGUCACCACAGGACAGCCAAUGGCUGGAUGAACCAAUCACGGUGCAAGAGCUAGCAACGGCCCUGGCCGAUAUGCCCUCUGCAAAGGCACCGGGCCCCGAUGGGAUGCCGGUGGAACAUCUCAAACUGUGUUUCGACCUCCUCGGCCCACACCUACUGCAGGGCUUUAAUGCGGUGUGGACGUCUCAAGAGCCCCUUCCACCGGACUUUGCCUUGGCCACAGUGAUUCUGAUACAUAAGAAGGGCCCCCUUAGUGAGAUCCGGAAUUGGCGACCCAUCUCGCUACUUUCGGCCCCAUACAAACUGUUCGCUAAAAUCAUGGCUAAUCGCUUAGCCACGUUACUCCCGCAGAUGGUAGAUGAGACGCAAACGGGGUUUAUCCCCGACCGUCGCAUCAUCACUAGUGUUCUCUUGGCACGGCAAGUGCUAUGGCAGGCUCAACACACGCAACCCCCGCUGGCUUUUGUAAUGCUGGAUUUCGCGAAGGCAUACGACAGGGUCUCAUGGCCUUUUUUGUGGCAAGGGCUCUUGAGGAGAGGGCUUGGCCGCCAAUUUGUCAAUAUGAUCAUUACGCUCUUCAAUGUCGCAGAGUCCCGGCUAUUAAUUAAUGGCUUCCUCACACAGCGAAUCAGUGUCACGCGCUCUGUUCGGCAGGGCUGCCCACAUUCCCCGGCGCUGUAUGCGCUAUUUAUUGAGCAUCUCCACGACAUGCUGCGCGCGGACAGCGAUCUGAUAGGCCUCCCUCUCCCGCAUGGCAAGAAACUUAAGAGCUCGGCUUUUGCAGAUGACACCGGGGCAAUUACGGCCCUCACACCCACCAGUGUGAGGGCACUUACCACUCAGAUCGAACACUUCGAGCGCUAUGUCGGCGCAAAGCUGAACUGGCAUAAGUCGGUGGCGCUGGUCCCAGACAUGAAUGCCGCUGGCCUCUUCGCCGGCAUGCGAGUUCAGCCUAUCACAGACAGUGCAGUGUAUCUGGGAAUCGUAAUGCCUGACGCACUUUCCAACGGCACUCAAAUUGAGGCCGUCAUGCAGAAAGCAAUCAUUCGCAUGGCGUCUUGCGCUAAAAGACUGCAGGCGGGAGUCUUUGGCCGAGCCCUCUUGGCCAACACCGCAGCUUCCUCGAUGUUGUGGUAUGCGGGAGCGGUAUCAAUGCCUAGUCAACAGGCACAGCUCAACUACCAAACGAACCUGGUGAAAUUUGUGUGGAAAAACGACCCUCUGGCGCUGACAACCGUCCAUCGUGUCGCAUGGAGAAAGCUUAUCCAACCAAGGGCCGCGGGUGGACUUGGUCUUUUGGACCCCUCUAAUCAGCUCUGGGCAUUACACCUACGUACGAUCCUCUGGCUGAUCCUGGAGGAUGAUGCAGCCCCGUGGAAGGUCUUGACCCUGCAGACGAUGGCAGAGGCCAUGCGCCUUCACCCUGCAGACGUGAUGACAGCCCUCCUCCAACCCUCUCUACUAGGCAACCUCAAGCGUGGUGCGCUGUGGACACCUACACUCACACUCUGGAGGAAACUCUCCCCUCUCCGUCUGCGCCCGCCCGCCUCCAGGGAACAGAUCCUCCAGCAGCCCCUGUUUGACAACCCAAUGAUCCUCGACGCUGAGGGACGUCCUUUCCCAUGGAUGCGGACCAAAGGCGCAUUUGGUAGGGCAUGGGUAACGGCCGGGAUAGGGAGGGUAGCGGACAUCUGGGAUGAAUCCACGGGCGACUGGAAAAAUGACUCGCUAAUGAUUGAUGCACUACAUGGGCAGACGGACAAAUUGGGACGGCUUAGGCACAUCCAACGGGCCAUCCCAGAGGAAUGGACGAAAAUGCUCCGAAUGGGUCUACGGUACCGAGGGGAAUGGGCGAUCCUCCGAUCCAAUACCCCACAGGGCAGCGACUCGCCCCCUGUCCUUUUUCAGCUGAAGGCCAAGGUCGGCUCGCAGUGGCUCUUGGCCGAUGCCUGGCAGCUUGUGGGCCCAAUGUUGCCCACCAACAGACACAUCACUGGCCCCAUGCAGCGGAAGCCGGAGCACGACGGCUGGCUCCCGGUGGAUGCCAUUCGCGCGGUGGCAGUCCUUCGUGACAAGACCCGUACAUCGGCCCCCGUGUAUAGAGCAUUUCACCCCGCCUGUAGGCCGCUGUCUUUGGCAGUCGACCCCUCCAUGUGGGAAUGGAGGCCCCAGGCUUCCCAGCGGAAGCCUGAGUGCCUCCAUCAGGUCCGCACCAAAACCAUAUAUCGCUCRCUAACACCCCGGGUCCUAAUGCACGCCGAGAUCAAAUCCCGCUGGCAGAAGUGGAACCACCUACCACAUACUGUCGAGGCCACAUGGGAUGCGGCCUCUUGGGGAAAGACUUGCACCGGUCUACAACACCUGCCAAACCAGAAGCACACCGGCCUGCUGUGGCUCAAUCUGCACCUCGCCCUCCCCACCAAGCAAUGGCUUGCAGCUCGCACGUCGUUUAAAGACCUCCUAUGCCCCYAAUGCUUGAAUGGGCCUGAAGAUUUCCACACCUUUGGUUUGAUUGCCCGAUCCAGAAGCAAUUCUGGACCUGGUGGAGAACGGCGAUUGGCGGCGACAUCUCGAUUAUGACCACCGGCGAGUCGGAGGCUUCGCUGCUCAUCGGUCCCUACCUCAGCGGGCGAAACGUCCGGAAGGAGAGAGCCUAUGCCAUCGAGGUCAUCAGGGCGGCCUUUAUUGGGGCCGUCUG